AUGGAGGCCGAGGUGGCAGUGAUGGCAGAGAAGGCAGCUCUGCGCACCCCCAAGUGCUCCCGCUGCCGGAACCAUGGCUUUGUGGUGCCAGUCAAGGGCCAUACGGGCCACUGCCGCUGGAAGCUCUGCCCCUGCGACAAGUGUGCGCUCAUCACAGAGCGCCAGAAGAUCAUGGCGGCUCAGAAGGCAAUGCAGGGGCAGGACCCGGAUGCCCCACCCAAAGAGACAUCUCUGCCUGUGGCCUGCACCCCAGUUCAUGGUAAAGGUCAAAAGGUUCCUGCAGUUGGCCCCAACACCUCUGAACACAGCAGCCACGUGGCCGGGUGUGAAGGAGACAAAGCCACCCCAGCAGCAAGCAGCAGCAGAACCAGGACCCGCAGGGCACUACCUGCUCCCAGCUCCCCGCUCUUCGGGGACUUUGCCCAUCCUGCUUUGCCUCAAGAAUGUGUUGUCAGCCCAGAAUACCUGGAGAGAGAACGUCCAAAACUCUAUCCUGGGUACUCUGGUAUGUACUCAUACCACCCAUUCCCCAUGGGCUUUGCCAUCAAUCAGCCCAGCUGCAGAGGAGCACCAGUAUCUCCAAGGAUCCCCCUGCAAAGAGGUUUCAGACCUGUCCCUAGCAACCAUGGACCAGGGAGUGCUGCUCCUCUGUCAAUGCAAGAUGCAGGUGGAGAUUUCCAACAAGGUUACUACCCUACUCUUCCUCAGUUUAUACCUCCGGGCUUUCUGCCAGGGAUUCACUACAUUCCACCACCCCUGCCACUUCUAGCUGAAACACCAAAGGAAACAUCUGCUGGCACCACUAAUAACCGGGAUUCUGGGGUUGCAGAAUGCAACCAGCCAUCUCCUCAGGAAGAAACCAGUGGAGACCAUGCCACGUAUUCUAAACACUAA